AUGUCCGGACCCGGAGUCGGCUUCGAGUAUCCUCGCCAGCAAGUUAGCUGGUUGAAGCGCGAUGCGCUCCUCUUCGCAAACAGCAUUGGCUGCAAGGCCGAUGAAUUGCAUUUUCUCUACGAACUCCAUCCGGAUUUCGCCGUCUUCCCUUCAUAUGUCACCAUUCUGCCAUUCAAACUGACAAAUAACGAUGUCAUCGACUUCUACGCGGCUCAAAAGAACACACCGAUCCCCGGCGUCCCCAAGUUCGAUCCUACGCGUGUGAUUGACGGCGAACGCAAGAUCACGUUCUUCAAACAAUUGCCUACAUCAACUCAGGGCAAGAAUAUUGAGAUCCGGACAAAGGUCGUCGGUGUCUACGACAAGGGGAAAGCGUCGGUUGUGGAGACGGAAACUACUGUUGUUGAUAAAGACACGGAGGAGGUUUAUUCGAAAGCACUUGGCAGUGCCUUUUAUGUUGGACAGGGAGGCUGGGGUGGGCCAAAGGGCCCCAGCACGGUGAAUUAUCCUCCCCCUCAGGGCAAGAAGCCAGAUGCUGUGUCUGUUGACCAGACCAGUUUCGAAACUGCACUCCUCUACCGUCUCAAUGGCGACUACAACCCUCUUCACGCAACUCCUGAACCCGGCAAGAAGAUGGGCUUUGGCGGCACCAUCAUCCACGGCUUGUACAGUUGGAACGCGACAGCCCAUGCAGUCCUUCGAGAACUUGGUGGCAGCAACCCCAAGAACCUGCAAGAGUUCCAGGCUCGUUUUGCUUCUCCCGUCCGCCCCGGCGACAAGCUGACCACGGAAAUGUGGAAGACCGGAGAAACUAACAAGGAUGGGUUUGAAGAGGUUCGCUUUGUGACGAAGAACCAGGAUGGAAAGACUGUGCUGAGCAAUGGACGCGCAUUGGUGAAGGUUGCAAACAGGGACAGUAAACUAUAA